CCCAGACUUGGUGAGGGUUUGGUUCCUCGCUUCCCCGCUAUCUCAGUGAAAUGGAAGCUACUUCUCUCACGCGCACGUGGGGCGAGGUUUCAAACCCUUUCCUCCGGUUAUAAAUGUGCAGAGCAUUAGCGAGCCUCAGCCAAAGCUAUAAACUUCAACCGGCCACAAGAGUGUGCACGUGGGAUGACUGCAAUUUUUUCCUGCCAAACCAGAAUUAGCCGGUAUAGGAAUGAACGAGCGUGAAGAUUUGAAAUUGCACCAAUUGGAAGAAAGCCCAGGUUAGGUUCGGGCACCUCCAAACGUACCCUUUUUAAAGCCACACGGACUGAGGCCUGGAGCUCGAAGCUCUACGAAACGCUCACCUGGCCUGGCAGCGAGCGGCGGAGACGAGCCCGGGCGCCGCGCACCGAGCGCACGGAGCCCGCGGGAGAGCCGAGCCGCGGCCACCGGCAUCUCCAUCCAGGAUGCUGGGCGACAUCGCAACAGCUCUCUACGCCCAGCCGCUCAGGGGGCUCCGCGGCAAACAGCAAGUUCGGGGAUCGGGGCCGGGAGCCGAGUGAGGCCGAAGCCCCGCGCACCGCGGGCGAAAAUCGUGGAAAAUGUAUACAAGUCAUGAAGAUAUCGGGUAUGAUUUUGAAGAUGACCCCAAAGAUAAGAAGACACUUAAGCCCCACCCAAACAUUGACAGUGGAUGGGCUUGGAUGGUGGUUCUUUCCUCCUUCUUUGUGCACAUCCUCAUCAUGGGCUCCCAGAUGGCCCUGGGAGUCCUCAACGUGGAAUGGCUUGAGGAAUUCCAUCAGAGCCGCGGCCUGACUGCAUGGGUCAGCUCCCUCAGCAUGGGCAUCACCUUGAUUGUGGGACCUUUCAUCGGCUUGUUUAUUAACACCUGUGGGUGUCGCCGGACCGCAAUAAUCGGAGGGCUGGUGAACUCGCUCGGUUGGGUACUGAGCGCCUACGCUGCAAACGUGCAUUAUCUCUUUAUUACCUUUGGAGUGACAGCUGGCUUUGGAAGCGGCAUGGCCUACCUGCCGGCCGUGGUCAUGGUGGGGAGGUACUUCCAGAAGAGACGCGCCCUUGCCCAGGGCCUCAGCACCACCGGGACGGGGUUCGGCACCUUCCUCAUGACGGUGUUGCUCAAGUACCUGUGCGCGGAGUACGGAUGGCGGAAUGCAAUGUUCAUCCAAGGCGCCGUGUCCUUAAACCUGUGUGUCUGCGGGGCGCUCAUGAGGCCCCUCUCUCCCGGGAAGGACCGGAACGACGCGGGAGGGAAAGAUCCGCAGGUCGUGCUGGCUCCCUCCCCUGGGUCGAAGUCAAGUGGGCCGCCGGGUGGAGCGGAAGAGAACUGUGCGGGGCCCGGGAACAAGGAGCAGCCGGGGGGUGACCUCCCCGCCCAGGCGGGCCCGGAGAAGGCCGAGCGCACGCAGAACCUGUGCGCCCUCCGGGUUCUCAAGACCGCCAGCCAGCUGACCGUGAGAGUCAGGAGGGGCUUCCGGGACUGGUACUCGGGCUACUUUGGCACAGCCUCGCUCUUUACCAAUCGAAUGUUUGUCGCCUUUAUUUUCUGGGCUCUGUUUGCAUACAGCAGCUUUGUCAUCCCUUUCAUCCACCUCCCGGAAAUCGUCAAUUUGUAUCAUUUAUCGGAGCAAAACGAUGUUUUCCCUCUGACUUCAAUUAUAGCAAUAGUGCAUAUCUUUGCAAAAGUGAUCCUGGGCAUUGUGGCCGACUUACCUUGCAUCAGCGUUUGGAAUGUCUUCCUGAUGGCCAACUUCACCCUUGUCCUCAGUAUUUUUAUUCUCCCACUGAUGCACACCUACGCUGGCCUGGCCGUCAUCUGCGCACUGAUAGGCUUUUCCAGUGGUUAUUUCUCCCUCAUGCCCGUGGUGACUGAAGACUUGGUGGGGAUUGAGCACCUGGCCAACGCCUACGGGAUCAUCAUCUGUGCCAAUGGCAUCUCUGCGCUGCUGGGACCACCCUUCGCAGGCUGGAUCUAUGACAUCACAGAAAAAUAUGAUUUUUCCUUCUAUAUAUGUGGCUUACUUUACAUGGUAGGGAUACUCUUUUUACUCAUUCAGCCGUGUAUUCAAAUGAUAGAACAAUCCAGAAAAAAAUACAUGGAUGGUGCACACGUUUAGCGUCAUGUUCUGUUUCCUGUAAGAUUUCUUCGGGGUACCCAUGCCUACCUCACAUGGUUGCUGUGAGGAGCCCGUGACAUUGUGGAGAAGCGCUUUGUAUGGUAACCUGCCCUGUCAUUUGUAAAUGCCAUGGUCACGACUGCAUUUGAAAGCAGCACUGUCUUUCCGUUUGGGGAGAAGCAAUGCCGGAAGGAAUGAAAGACUCCAUACAUUUCAGAGAUGACAAUGUCCUUCGGAGACGGCCUGUUAAAUAACUGGUAGAAAUGCCCUUACGAAAACCACUCACUGGUCAUCCACUGGGACUAAGGUUUUAGAUACAGCUUUUGAAACAAAGACAAGGAAUAAAAUCUUUUAAACUCA